CGACGGCACUCUGAGCGAAGACCUCGACCCUUUGAAACGCUCCCCCGCCCCCCCCCCCCCUCCAAAAAAAAAACCCAACAUGUUGCGCCCUGCAAUCCUCGGCCUCCUCCUGGCGUGCGCGGCCUCUCUCGGCCGCAGCGCCGUCAUCCUGGAGGGCGGCUGGCCCAUCCUGUGGACCCAGACGGCCGGCCAGGUGGCCGACGUGCCGUCGCACGAGGGCGUCGUGACCCCCGACCCGUGGCACUUCCUCCACCGCAUGAGCCUGUACCGGCUGCUGAUAGCUGCCACGGACCCCUUCAUGGGGUGCAUGGGGACAAACGCCACCGACAGUCCCAUUUGGGGGCUGCCGCUGGAGUUUGGAUGGAUGCUGACGUCGGGGCGUCUCGCCGACCCAACGGGCGCUUCGACCUGCGGCCUGGAAACGGGAGACAAAAUGUGUGUUUCUACUCACAGCUGGUGGGGCUGUGUGAGCUACUUCACCUCCGCACUGCCCUUCCUGUCCGCUGCGCACAAGGGCUUCAUGGGAGCAGGGGUUCAGGUCCAGAUGCAGGUCCCUGAGGGCGUGACGGACUACUGCACGACGUACGCCGACUGCUCCGCUCGCUUCCCUGACGCCAUGACUAAGUGGGACGCCUUCUUCCAGGGCCUCCUGGAUGCGGCUGAUUCUCCUCUUCCUGAUAAUGAGAAGAAAGACGCCCUCCUGGGCCUCUACUGGCAGGCCCAGAUGGCUUCAACCUAUGCCUCCUCUGCAUGCAGCGCCAGGCAGAGCCACUACUCCUCUGAAGAGGUGUCCUUUGCUAAGAGCUGGGGGAGCUCGGGCGAGUACGUCGCCGCUGCACACUUCCAAUCCAAUUUGGAGAAAUCGUCGCUGUUCAUAACUCCUCUCCCAGGGCGCGUCUUAAAGACCGGAGACACUGCGCCGAGCAUCGCCGACCUGAGCGAGGAGGAGAACCACACGCUGUACAUCUUCUCCUGGAUCAACAGCGCCAACAAUAUGCUGGGUGGAUCUCUGGUGCGCAUGUGGAGGAGCGCCAUGUGUUCAGUGACCACGAGGGAGAAAGGCAGAGAGAUGCUGGAGCAGCUGCUGCUCAACCCCGGCUUCGCCACCAGCUCUUUCCUGUCCAUCAUCUCCCAAAUGACCACCAGCUGCUAGAGGCGCGAACACCGCGAAGAAAGGAACCGCAUCAUAUGUCGCAUUUUCUCGUCUAAAGGGUGUAGACAAACUUUUUAUUUUGUUAUGUAAUAACUUUUGUUCGUAAAUGACACUUGUAGAUGAUCCACAAGCAGUUCGUUUAAAGCAGGUAUUCUUAUGUCUAUCCGUUUUAAUCAAUCUCUUGUGGAUACACGUUCCCCAAUAAAAAAUAAUAAUUCUGUCUGGGGGAGCUUCACAA